GUUGUCGUCGGUAUGGUCAUGUCACAGUCACUUCCUGCUUUAGAAGCGCAGGGUGGGACAGCGGAAGUAUCUGACCUGAAUCGGCUGCCCGGGACCCUCUCCUGCCCCGCACACAGUCAUCAUCAUGCCGGCCUACCACUCCACAUUAAUGGAAGCUGACACCAAGCUAACAGGAAACAUGGCAUUGCUGCCAAUAAAAAGCCAGUUUAAAGGACCUGCCCCUAGAGAAACUAAGGAUUUGGAUAUAAUUGAAGAAGCUAUUUAUUAUUUCAAGGCUAAUGUUUUCUUCAAAAAUUAUGAAAUUAAGAAUGAAGCCGACCGAACAUUAAUAUAUAUCACUCUGUACAUUUCCGAAUGCUUAAAAAAGUUACAAAAGUGCACCUCUAGAGGCCAAGGAGAAAAGGAAAUGUACACCUUGGGAAUUACAAAUUUCCCUAUUCCAGGAGAACCAGGGUUCCCCCUCAAUGCCAUGUACAUUAAGCCUUCCAACAAGCAGGAAGAUGAGGUGAUGCGGGCAUAUUUGCAGCAGCUAAGACAGGAGACAGGACUGAGGCUGUGUGAUAAGGUGUUUGACCCCCAGACAGACAAGCCCAGUAAGUGGUGGAUGUGCUUUGUGAAGAGGCAGUUCAUGAACAAAUCGCUGUCUGCCCCUGGGCAAUAAAGAUGUGGUAUGCGAGGAACAUAGCAGUGUAACUAUGCUCAGACUGAACUAAAUCGUUCCAUUUUGAAAUAACCUUUUAUACUGUGUUGUAAUAUAAAUGACCACAGCCAAACCAUGAAAAAUACGCUGUGUGGAGAAUUAUUGAAUGUUAAGCUGGAGCUUAAUAAAAGUGAUACAUUGUUUCUGGAUUACAUUUCGCUUGGUGGGUUUGUGCUUUGCCUGUAACUCCAGUGGUUGGAGAAAUUAUCGGUACACAUCCUCUCUUGUAUGCUAAUAAAUCACAUGUCAUUGUA